AUGACCGAGGAAGCGGUAACGGUGAGCGCGACGGCAGCGGUCGCCCCGGUGCCUCACCGGUCUCCUACACCCGAAUUGCAUGCCACGUAUACUUCUUUAGAAAUUUUAGUGGCUCUAGUUGCCGUUGUGGGAAAUUCUAUGGUUAUACACGUUUUCCGCCGGGAUAGAAGAUUACGGCGAAGAACAAAUUAUUAUAUAGUGUCUUUAGCAAUAGCGGAUUUAUUGGUCGGCUUGCUUGGGAUCCCAUUUGCGAUAUUAGCUUCAGUGGGCCUGCCGAGGAACCUCUACGCAUGUCUGUUCACGACCUCGUUACUUGUGAUGCUGUGCACUAUAAGCAUUUUCUGCCUCGUAGCGGUGUCCGUAGACCGUUACUGGGCCAUUCUUCAUCCUAUGUGCUACUCCCGCAAUGUGCGAACUAAAACAGCUAUACUCGGCCCGCCGGCCAGGGAGACCUGUAGAAACGGUGGUGCCGCUGGCCGCCCGCGGCAUAGUACAGGGGCCCGAUUGGGACUAACCAUUCCAGGAGGCUGCCCCACCAGGCCGCGCAUAAUCUUGGAG